CCCGUUGCCAGCCUUACCCUUCCGCACACUUUCAGUCUGGACACUUUCCCCCCUUCCAGUCCCGGACACUUUCCCCCCCUUCCAGUCCAGACACUUUCACCCCCUUCCAGUCUGGACACUUUCCCCCCCUUCCUGUCCGGACACUUUCACCCCCUUCCUGUCCGGACACUUUCACCCCCUUCCAGUCCGGACACUUUCACCCCCUUCCAGUCCGGACACUUUCACCCCCUUCCAGUCUGGACACUUUCACCCCCUUCCAGUCUGGACACUUUCCCCCCCUUCCAGUCUGGACACUUUCACCCCCUUCCUGUCCGGACACUUUGCCCCCCCUUCCAGUCCGGACACUUUCCCCCCCUUCCAGUCCGGACACUUUCCCCCCUUCCAGUCCGGACACUUUCCCCCCCUUCCAGUCCGGACGCUCUCACCCCUUCCAGUCUGGACGCUCUCACCCCUUCCAGUCCGGACGCUCUCACCCCUUCCAGUCCGGACGCUCUCACCCCCUUCCAGUCCGGACACUCUCACCCCCUUCCAGUCUGGACACUCUCACCCCCUUCCAGUCCGGACCUCUCAGCCCCUUCCAGACCGGACGCUUUCACC